UUUGUAGAUUUCAAAAAAAUUGUUAGCCGAUAUUCUGGUAACAAAUUAGUGAGGGUAGAAAUUACGCAUGGAUGCUUAAGCCGUAAAAGAUGUCGGAGCUAGAGAACAAAAACGGCGCUAACGACGGGAGCUCGUCAGUUGUGAAGGAGCUGGAGGGCAGAAGGAACAAGGCUCAUAGCCAAGAGGAAUUACCCGAACAGCGUCACUUACGCGCCCGGGCGCCCCCCGUGCCGUCGGUCACAGAAGAAAACAAAAUUGUCUUGGAAGAUACCGUCUUAGUCGAUGCAAAGGAGCGAAAGGAAGUCGAUUAUGUUUCCUCUGAAAAAACGAAGUAUAAUCUCGCGAAAAACUUAUCUUCUACCACCAAGAGACGAGAUUCACCCGAAGCUGUCAAAAAAAAGUCUCCGGAGUCGAUCUUGCUGGCGCCUGUAGAAGUUGAAAGGAAAGGAACGUCAUCACUGCAACCGAUACCGUCAGACGUGAAGUCGGUGACGGCUGACUCUGUUAACCAACUCAAAAAGUCGGCAAUGGAAAAUAUACACGACGUUGACGACGAUAAAAUAACGGAGGAUACUGUCGAGAUGCGGACCUCCGAACUCCCCACAAAACAUUCUGAAUGGACUUCUAUGUCAGAUAUGAAGAAGCAGAAAACAAGCGGAGAUUGGAACGACGAAUGUAUGCAAAAUACAAAAUCAAAUAGUUCGGAGGAAGAAGUCAAACAUUGGGAGCUGGAGCGCAAAGCGUCUAUCGGCCCUCGCUGGACGCGUACACCCAACUCUUGCGCAUCCGGGAUACUAAUCAACGUACCGAGGGCUAUUAAGAAAAUACCAAGAAAUAAACCUGUUCCGACAACCACAAUGUCCGGUAUCACAAUAACCGUUUCAAAGAAGUCACUGAUGUCCGCUUCGAUGUCUGCGUCGGUUCCAUUGACACCGGCUAAAGACCAAUAUGUUUGCUUCCGAAAUACUGAAACUCGAGCAGUUAAGACAUUACGAAUCGCAAAUGCUUUGUAUACCGUUCCAACAGAGGGACAGGACAUCAGAAUGCUAAUGGAGAUACAACAUUUUUCAUCCGUUCUGAACAUCCAAGGUACAGCGACGAGUGUGUAUGGUUUCUUUCCCCUCGACGGCACUUUACUGUCUACGAUGAUAUCGACGGUCUCAAUGUAUUUAAUAAUUCUAGUACAGUUCGACAGGACCAACAAUUACGAUACAAAUAAACCGUAACUCGGACAAUAAUGCAUAAGUCAAUGGAAGCGAGUACUAUCGUCAAAUCAAUAAGGCCCAUGGAAGGCGAUGCGGAAAUAUUCACAACGAUUUAUUAUUCAUCGACAGCUCUAAUAAAAACUAUUGGAAGCACCUUAGAGGAUGGAAAAGGAAGCACAGACUGAACACGUCACCAUUAUCUAUUGGUGAAUAACUUGUAGUAACAAUUCAUAAAUAUUAUUAUUUGAAAAUUAAAAAGUUUCCUCAAGUUAUGGAAAAGUUACAAUUUUUAAGUUAGCGUAAUGUAAAUUGCUCGUGUCUAAAAGGAUCCGACCAUAACAUGCCAAUUAGGUAAUGUAG